AUGGCAAAGGUGCAGGACACCAUUGCAAGCUUCCGACCCACGAAACUCUUCAAAGCACCCUCGCCGUCAGCCUACACAUCCAUCGACUUCGACGACAGCGGGGAGUUCUUGCUCUUGUCACGGACUGACGGCACCAUACAACUCUUCAACACCAAAGCCGGACAACACGCGAAAGAGCUCAAAUCACAGAAAUAUGGCAGCGCGUUGGCUCGCUUCACACACCACAGCACAUCCAUCAUCUACGCUUCCACCAAAGUAGACGAUGGCAUACGAUACCUGUCCAUGCACGACAACAGCUUCAUUCGAUACUUCAAAGGCCACACAGGUCGCGUGACCAGCCUUUCAUUAUCGCCUAGCAACGACCAGUUCAUGUCCGCAAGCAUGGACAACACAGUCAAGCUUUGGGAUUGCCGUUCUCCCAACGCGCAAGGCCAGCUUAACUUCGAGUCGCCAUGGCUGACCACCUACGAUCCAAGCGCCAGCGUCAUUGCGAUCGCAAGUCCGCCUGCGCAAGCAAUCGCUCUAUACGAUCUACGGAAUUACGACAAGCCACCGUUUGCGACCUUCGACGUGGAGCCGAUCGAGAAGCAGUUCAGAGGACAAGGGCAGAAGUAUGGUGAAGGCUGGCUAGGCAUGGAGUUCUCCAACAAUGGUAAAUAUAUACUGCUGUCGACAAAUGGACCAGGACACUACGUUCUCGACGCAUUCUCGGGAGAUCUGCUCCACUACUUGAAUCGCCCGCAUGGAGCAGACUAUUCGCAUCGUGCUCCAGGUGAGGCUCUCCCAGGACCGAGCGAUGGCCAGACGCCGUCCUAUGUCCAGUCCAACGCCUGCUUCUCGCCUGAUGGCUCGUACGUGGUCGGAGGCAAUGGCAAGCAGACUGGUCUUCAGGUAUGGGACUGCAAGAACGAUCCCACCAAUGAUCACAUCUUGGAACCCAUGACCGAACUACCGAGCACAAAGUCAGCGAAGGUCGUCGCGUACAAUCCCAGACAUAACCUCUUGGCUAGCGCGGAUAAAGAGGUGAUGCUCUGGUUACCUGACUUGGAUGUCUAA